UUGUGAUACGACUCGGAUGUCGGGGGGAAAACGGAAGGCGCGCGCAUGCAGAAUGUCCGUUCAGCCCAAACUGGGUAGAUUUUCGGCUCUACCGAAGCAGCAUUUGACUUAGACCUUUCCGAGUGCAGCCUCGCGCGGCUGAGGAGCAGAGGCAGCUUUUGGCACGUUCCGAUAAAACCCUCCGCCUUCUCUCCCGACCGGCGGGGCACCUUCCCUGGAGGGCGGGCCUGACGGGAGAGCCGCAGGGGCUGGAAAUCGAAAGCGGAACCGAACUCCGGAAACGAAGCGACACCCCGAGUCGUGGAGGAGUGUCAGCACAAUGGAUUCAGAAGCGGAGUCCUUCAUCCAUCUGCCCAGUGACAACUUUGCUGCAAGUGGACCUUCGAAGAUGACAACGGACCAAAUCUUGGGAGAGAUUAAGAGGUGCCAGGAUGCGUUGAAAGCUAUUGAAGUAGAUUGCUUAUCCUUGGAGACAAGCAGAAAGGCAAGUGAGCAGGACUUGGCCAAACUCCAAGAAGAAUAUGAGCUUCUCAGUCAAAAUCUCCUUAAAGCUGAAAAUGAGGCCAAGACCCAGGAAGCUUCCUUGCAGACAAUGAUUCAGUUGAAAAAAGAGGAUUCAGACGAGUUGCUGCAAGAAAAACAGGCACUGGAAAAUGAAUUGAAACAUCUGGAGUGGCUCCAUACAGCUCAGGAAGAAUUUCUCAAGAUGCCAGCUACUCUUCCUGACAGAGAAAUGGUGUUUAAAGGUCAUGUGGAAGAGGGAAAGAUGGAGAACUUACCAGAGAUGCUGACUGUCUUGCCCCAGAUCCAAUGCCCUGUACUUGGGGGAUCGGCUCUCAUCACUUUUGAGGAUCCUGAAGUUGCCAGCAGGGUCAUCAAAGUAGGACAGCAUCGCAUUCAGCUAGACGAGUGGAGCUAUGUGCAUGUGAAGGCUGAACCUGUGAUGUUGAUGCUGCCCUCAUUCUUAGAGAUCUCCCUGAAACAGAGUCCCCGGCAAGUGAUGUUAUCUGGAUUGCCUGCCCUGUCUCUGCCCAAGGAUCAGCUCUAUGACAAGCUAGCACUGUUCUUCAGCAAACGGAAGAACCAAGGGGGUGAGGUGGAACGUCUGGAACAGCUGAAGAACUCGGAUAACAUAGUGUUGACUUUUCUGGAUGAUGGAGUGGCUCAGCGGAUUGUCGAAAAAGGUCUGUUCCAGGUGACUCUUGGAAAGGAGACCCAUCAGGUCAAGGCUUCACAUUACUUAGGUGGGGAAAUUACAGAUUUGCAGCUCCGUCCUUCAGUCUGCCCUCGUACUGUCCUGCUGACGGAGAUUCCAGAUGUCUUAGAGAGGGAGCUGAUGGGUGAAGCUCUAGAGAUCCAUUUCCAGAAGCCAAGCAAGGGUGGGGGAGAGGUCGAAGCUGCUGUGUACGUUCCAGCUGGACAUUGUGCAGUAGCUGUUUUUGAGGAGGAGAACUGACUGAUUCUGCAUGCCAAAGCUGGAGCAGAUGAUAUCUCAGAUGAUACAGCUGAAAAGAAGCACAUAGAACAUGCUAAUGUUCCAGGGAAGAGGAGAAGAAGCCUUUGAUUUCUUGAACUAGGGCUUAGGGAAAGGAGAUAGAAACUGAUUAGCAGGUAUCGCUGGGCAAGGUGAGGGAUAGAUCCAUUUUUGUAGUUUAGAUGAUAAACUGAGAGGUCUUCUGCCACAAUGAUAUCUAUCUUUUACAUCUGAACUACACAUUAUUUGAUCUGUGUUGCUGUUUGUUCCUCCAGUAAUUUUAUAGUAUGGCAUUGAUGUGGCUGUAGCUGCCUAAAUUGUAAUUUCCUGCAGAACAUGUUCAACAAGAAAAAUGUUCAGAAAAUAAAAAGAAUGGCAUGACA